UUCAGCCGAAGGAACCGAGGCCGACUCCUAACGCGCCCCACCAUGAGGAAACUGCUGUUCCUUCUAACCCUCUGUGAAAUUUUUGAAUACUCAAAGGCGGAUGCCAAUGAUUCCUCAUGCCACUUCCCAGGCAGCCCAAAGCACGGCUUCUUGUCGGGGUUCGCCGAGAACUUCCCAAAUGGAUCAGUGGCCAAGUUUGCUUGUUCCCCUGGCUAUGAUCUAUUGGGACCGGAGAAUCUGACCUGCGUCAGCGGAAAGUGGGACUUAGGAGCACCACUUUGCGUGCGGGACGUCGCAUUGGGGAAGCCCCUUAAGCAGACCGAACCAUUCGGAAUCGACUUCAAGUCAGAAUUGGCGGUCGACGGAAACGACACCACCUGUACGGGAGCCGCGAACCACUGGUCGAUCGACCUCCUCGAAUAUUCUACGAUCACGAUCCUCAGAUUGGUUUUCGGCAGCAAGGUCCCUGCGAACGCGGUGUCAAUACAAAUAGGAGAGAAAACAGCGAGGAGCAGCGAGGAUCCUCACAUGAGCAUGUGCUCUGUGAUCGAAAGAGAGAUACAAGCAAACGAAAUUUACUUCGUCAAGUGCAGAUCUCAACCGACAUUUGGGAGUUAUAUCCGAGUGGACGUCGACCCGAAGCAUGGAUUCGUACCUUUGUGCACGGUGAAGGCUUAUGCUUCGUCGGGAUUGUCCCAUGAAGAUGCGUGUCCUCAAGGAAACAAAGAUACGAUCAAGGAUGCAUUUAAUGGCACAUGUUUCGAAUUCCACUACAUCGAAUCUGUUUCGAUCAGUGAUGCCCGAUCGAUCUGCUACAACGCCGGCGGUUAUCUCAUCGGAGGAGCUUACACGGAUCAGCGAGCCCUGGAUUACCUCAAGUGGCGCGGUGAAACGAUUUUCCUCGGAUCGCCUUUCUGGCUUGACCUCAACCUCACAGAAGCGGCGAAACUGGGGAAUCGGACUGAAGCAUCGAACGACUCCAGCAGUGGGGCCUGCUACGUUUUGAGCUCGAGAAGCGGUUUCGGUAGAUCGGAAUGCCAAUCACCAAAUCACGUGAUUUGUGCCUACAAUGUUGUGACCUGCGGGAGACCUCAUCUUCCUAGAGCAUUCCAUGACUGGCAAGUCAUUGGUAAACUCAAAACUGGACGGAGCCUCCGGAACGUCGGUUGUUCCGAAGGGUACUAUCCGGAAGCCAAUGAGCCUCCAAUCUGCGAGCCGAGCGGUGAAAUACGAGGGAAUGUCGAGUGUCACAAAUUCAAGUGUGGCAGGCAACCGUCGGUCAAGGAUGCCUUCUCUUGGGCACAAUCAAAUUCUUCUGUUGACUACUCGUGUAUGCGUGGGAAAUUCGUCAAGGGAGACUCGCGAGUUUACUGUGACGAAGCGACUUCACAGUGGGGCGUGGCACCUUCAUGCAGGACCUUGAUCGAGGUUUUGAACGAUUGGUUCAAUACCGUAGGCGACAAAGCGGCAAACGGAUCUCAUUACGUUCUCGAAAGGUUCCAGGGAAUUUCUGUCAUCAGUCGUAUCGCCAUACUCUCGGCCGUGGCUGCUGUUUUGGCUCUGGUCAUUUUAGCCAGCCUUUACCGGAUCUGGUUCUCGGGCAAACCCAAAGAGCUCAGGGGAGCAUUACGCUUGGAAAGCCGCCGAGAUCUGAUCGGGAUUGCGGACUCUCUGUCCAACUGCAGUUAGAGAUGCCUUGACGACGCUGUCAUUAGUUUGUUUGAAAGAUCAGCUCGGAGAAUUGUCCGAAACGGUCAAAAGGACUAUCAACUUUGUCUACUACUUAGAUAGAGUCGCUUGUAUGUAUAGCUAAGUAGAACUUGAGUCUUUUUAGGUCCGAUCUCUCAUGCGGUUUUCGUGAACACACUAGGAGACGACGGGCAAUGAGGGGAAGCACGCCUACGACUCGGAAUAAGCUAAGAAUUCCGCGGAGGGUGAUUGAAGUGAAUGUUCUACCCCCUACGCCGCAAUCGAUCUCCGACGAUGUAUCUUGAAAUCGUUGGACGACAUCCAUUCUGGAUCCAGGAAGCCACUAGCAUAACAUGACCCAUUAUACAUAAAGUACAAGUCAGAAAGGCUUCUACGAAACAAAGAGACUCGAAUAAACUU